AUGGCUUCAUCGUUUGCAAAAGUAUUUGAACAAGUUGGCCAAUUGCAUAAAACUGACGAUGAUCUGACUGAUAGACUCAAUCAUCGGUACACAGUUGUACUUUUGGUCAUAUCCAUUACAUUUAUUAGUGCUAAACAAUUUGUUGGAAAUCCGAUUUCUUGUUGGACUCCAGCACACUACUCCGGACCACAAAUUAGUUAUACAAAUAGUAUAUGUUGGUUGAAAGGCACAUACUAUUUAGAAGCCGAUCGACCAAUCAUUCCUCAACAUACACAUAACCCAGAAUUUCACGUAGCCUAUUAUCAAUUUAUUCCCUAUAUGUUGAUUGUUCUGGCUGUUCUAUUCUACGCACCGCAUAUGCUUUGGCGAAAUGCAGGUCGAUCAAUAGGUUUUGAUCUUCGUUUACUGAUUCAAAUCAGCAAACGAAACUCCGAAGCAGAUAUUAAAAAAGCAGCAUCACAGAUUCAUACAUCGUUGAAGUAUAAUUGCUCAAAACAUACUUUCCGCCAGCAUAGAUUGAAUCCACAUCUUGAAAAUUUAGUUCAAUGUUCAUUUUUACGUCAAAAUUCUCUUUGUACCUUAUAUCUGUUUGUGAAAUUACUUUAUAUGUUAAAUUGCAUCUAUCAAUUCAGUUUGUUAACGCAGUUUUUGCAGUUUUCUUUUCUUAAUUUUGGUUAUGAAUGGUUAGUCAAAAUCACGACGAUUAUUCACAGAAAAGCCAAUAUCGAACCGAAUGAUUCAAAAUGGUUUCCACGCGUUGUCAUGUGCGAUUUUAUGAUACGGCAACUUGGCUCGAAUCAACAUCGAAUGGUAGUGCAAUGCAAUCUGCCAAUAAAUUUAUUCAAUGAGCUCAUUUUUAUGAUUCUAUGGGCAUGGCUUAUAUUUCUAACUGGUCUAACAUGUCUAUCGUUCAUAUUAUCGUCUAUGAUAGUUUAUAGUCGUUUCGGUUCCCAAUUUCUUCAUAAAUAUUUAAAUAAGGAUAACUUGAAAGUAGAAAAACACGAACGAAACAGAUUCAUCAACGAGUACUUGGGACGAGAUGGUGCACUCGUUCUUCGAAUAAUUGCUCAGAAUACAAGUGAUGUUCUUAUGAACACUCUCGUUUCCACUCUGUUCAAAAUCUAUUCCGAAUCAUGUGAACAAAAUGACAACGAUGAUGACGAUCACGGACGAAUUUCAACAAAUGGACUAUACAGUAGUGUGGACAAUUAA